AUGCCAGCCCAAUGGUUCCUAAUCUCCAGACUGGCCUUCCUGGUACUGCUGGGCACAGUCAGAGCAGGCCCUUUCUCUCCACGGUCCAAUGUGACACUCCCAGCCCCACGCCCCCCUCCCCAGCCAGGAGGCCGCACAGUGGAGCCAAUAGGGGGAAGCCCCUCUUCUCGGCUUUAUGAGCACAAUGUGGAAGGAGGGGAGAAGCAGGUGGUGUUUACCCACCGCAUCAACCUGCCCCCUUCAUCUGGCUGUGGUUGUCCCCCGGGCACGGAGCCCCCAGUCCCUGCUUCAGAGGUGCAGGCCCUGAAGGUCCGGUUAGAGAUCCUGGAGGAGCUGGUGAAAGGCCUCAAGGAACAGUGCACUGGGACAUGUUGUCCUGCCGCUGCCCAGGCUGGCACAGGCCAGACAGACGUUCGUAGCCUCUGCAGUCUCCAUGGCGUGUUUGACCUGAGCCGCUGUGCCUGCUCCUGUGAACCAGGCUGGGGUGGGCCCACCUGCUCAGACCCUACAGGCGCUGGGGUGCCCCCAUCCUCCCCACCCUCAGGCUCCGGGUCCUGCCCAGAUGACUGCAACGAUCAGGGUCGCUGUGUCCGCGGGCGCUGCGUGUGUUUCCCUGGCUACAGCGGCCCCAGCUGCGGCUGGCCCUCCUGUCCCGGGGACUGCAACGGCCGCGGGCGCUGCGUGCAGGGCGUGUGCGUGUGCCGGGCUGGCUUCUCUGGCGACGACUGCAGCCUGCGCUCGUGCCCCCGGGGCUGCAGCCAGAGGGGGCGCUGCGAGGACGGGCGCUGCGUGUGCGACCCCGGCUACACUGGCGACGACUGUGGGAAGAGGAGCUGCCCUAGAGGUUGCAGCCAGAGGGGACGCUGCGAGAACGGACGCUGCGUGUGCGACCACGGCUACACCGGCGAGGACUGUGCGGUGAGGAGCUGCCCCCGGGGCUGCAGCCAGAGGGGCCGCUGCGAGGACGGGCGCUGCGUGUGCGACCCCGGCUACACCGGCGACGACUGCGGCUCGCGGAGCUGGGUAGGGGAGGUGCCAGCCAUCGAGGGCAUGAGGAUGCACCUCUUGGAGGAGACGACGGUUCGGACAGAGUGGACCCGGGCUCCUGGCACUGUGGAUGCCUAUGAAAUUCAGUUCAUUCCCACGACAGAGGGGGUGAGCCCCCCAUUCACAGCACGAGUACCCAGCUCUGCCUCAGCCUAUGACCAGAGAGGACUGGCUCCUGGCCAGGAGUACCAGGUCACUGUCCGUGCCCUUCGAGGGACUAACUGGGGCCCUCCUGCUUCCAAGACCAUCACCACCAUGAUUGACGGCCCCCAGGACCUCCGAGUGGUGGCUGUGACACCAACCACACUGGAGCUCAGCUGGCUGCGACCCCAGGCUGAAGUGGACCGAUUCGUGGUGUCCUAUGUCAGUGCCGGCAACCAGAGGGUGCGGCUGGAGGUACCCCCUGAGGCAGAUGGAACACUGCUGACCGACCUGAUGCCAGGCGUGGAAUAUGUAGUGACUGUCACUGCAGAGCGGGGCCGGGCAGUAAGCUACCCGGCUUCUGUCAGGGCCAACACAGGGUCCUCUCCCUCAGGCCUCUUGGCGGCCACGGAUGAGCCUCCUCCCUCAGGCCCUUCAACCACUCAAGGGGCCCGGGCCCCUGAACUACAGCAGCGCCCCCAGGAACUAGGAGAGUUGAGGGUGCUGGGCAAAGACAAGACAGGGCACCUCCGCGUCGCUUGGACUGCUCAGCCUGACACGUUUGCCCACUUCCAGCUGCGCCUCCGGGUGCCCGAGGGGCCAGGGGCACAUGAGGAACUACUGCCAGGGGACGUCCGCCAGGCUCUGGUGCCCUCACCACCUCCCGGCGUCCCCUAUGAGUUGUCGCUUCGUGGGGUCCCCCCGGAGGGCGAGUCCUCUGCCCCUCUUAUCUACCAAGGCAUUAUGGACAGGGAUGGGGCAAAGCCUGGGAAGCCCUUGGCCCCGCCACAUCUGGGCGAGCUGACAGUGACUGGCAUGGCCUCCAACUCCCUGCUCCUGCAAUGGACGGUCCCUGAGGGCGAGUUCGACUCCUUCGUGAUCCAGUACAAGGACAGGGACGGGCCCCAGGUUGUCCCUGUGGAGGGGUCCCAGCGCUCAGCCCUCAUCACCAACCUGGACCUUGGCCGCAAGUACAAAUUUGUGCUAUAUGGGCUCCUGGGCAAGAAGAGGCAUGGCCCCCUGGUGGCUGAAGCCAAGAUCUUGCCUCAGAGUGAUCCCAGCCCAGUGACUCCACCCCGCCUGGGAAAGCUGUGGGUGACAGAUCCCACCCCAGAUUCACUGCACCUCUCUUGGACUGUCCCUGAGGGCCAGUUUGACUCCUUCGUAGUCCAAUACAGGGACAGGAAUGGACAGCCCCAGCUUGUGCCCGUGGAAGGGCCUGAGCGCUCGGUCAUUGUCUCCUCCCUGGACCCUGACCACAAGUACAGAUUCACUCUGUUUGGGAUUGCCAACAAGAAGCGGCACGGCCCCCUCACAGCUGAUGGCACCACAGCCUCAGAGAAGAGAGAGGAGCUCCUCCACCCAGAGUCCCCAGAGCGGCCCCUGCUGGGGGAACUGAUGGUGACUCAUGCGACCCCAGACUCCCUGCGCCUGUCCUGGACAGUGACCCAGGGCUCCUUCGACUCCUUCAUGGUCCAGUACAAGGAUGCGCAGGGGCAGUCCCAGGCAGUGCCCGUCAGGGGUGAUGAGAAUGAGGUCACCAUUCCUGGCCUGGAGUCGCACCGGAAGUAUAAGAUGAACCUCUAUGGGCUUCAUGGCAGGCAGCGUGUGGGGCCUGUGUCUGUGGUGGCCGUCACAGCCCCCCAGGAGGUUGUGGAGGAGACACCCAGCCCUACCGAGGUGGAGGAGACGCCCAGCCCCACAGAGCCCAGCACAGAGGCCCCAGAGUCCCCCGAGGAGCCCCUGCUGGGGGAGCUGACAGUGACAGGAUCAUCCCCAGACUCGCUGAGCCUCUCGUGGACCGUCCCCCAGGGCCACUUCGACUCCUUCACUGUCCAGUACAAGGACAGGGACGGGCGGCCCCAGGUGGUGCGUGUCGGGGGUGAGGAGAGCGAGGUCACCGUCGGGGGCCUGGAGCCGGGGCGCAAGUACAAGAUGCACCUGUAUGGCCUGCACGGGGGGCAGCGCUGGGGCCCCGUGUCCACCGUGGGUGUGACUGCUCCACAACCGGAAGAGACUCCAGCCACGGAGCCCCCCCUGGAGCCACACCUGGGAGAGCUGACAGUGACAGAUGUGACCCCCAACUCCAUGGGCCUCGCAUGGACAGUCCCAGAGGGCCAGUUUGACUCCUUCAUGGUCCAGUACAAGGACAGGGACGGGCAGCCCCAGGUGGUGCCUGUGGCCUCAGACCAGCGUGAGGUCACCAUCCCCGGCCUAGAGCCUGCACGCAAAUACAAGAUGAACCUCUAUGGGCUACAUGGUGGCCAGCGUGUGGGCCCCCUCUCUGUGGUAGCUGUGACUGCUCCCCUCCCUCCAGCCCCAACCACAGAGUCCCCCCAGGAGCCACGCCUCGGGGAGCUGACAGUGACAGACCUGACCCAGGAUUCUGUGAGCCUCUCGUGGACGGUCCCUGAGGGUGAAUUCGACUCCUUUGUGGUCCAGUACAAGGACAGGGAUGGGCAGCCCCAGGUGGUGCCUGUGGCCGCAGACCAGCGCGAGGUCACCAUCCCUGGCCUGGAGCCCAGUAGGAAAUACAAGUUCCUGCUCUUUGGGAUUCAGGAUGGGAAAAGACGCAGCCCAGUUUCCGUGGAGGCAAAGACAGCUGCCCAAGGUGACGCCAGCUUUGGGGCCCCACCCCGCCUUGGGGAGCUGUGGGUGACAGAUCCCACCCUGGACUCGCUGCGCCUCUCCUGGACAGUCCCCGAGGGCCACUUUGACUCCUUUGUCAUCCAGUUCAAGGACAGGGACGGGCCCCAAGUGGUGCCUGUGGAGGGCCAUGAGCGCUCAGUCACCAUCACCCCUCUGGACACUGGCCGCAAGUACAGAUUCCUCCUUUAUGGGCUCCUGGGCAAGAGGCGCCAUGGCCCCCUCACUGCCGAAGGCACCACAGAGAUCCGGAGUGCGGUGGAUGAUGCUAAAGCAAAGCAUCCCCUAAAGCCCCGUCUUGGGGAGGAGCUACAGGUGACCAGCGUGACCCCAGACUCUGUGAGCCUCUCGUGGACAGUCCCUGAGGGCCAGUUUGACUCCUUUGUGAUCCAGUACAAGGACAGAGACGGGCAGCCGCAGGUGGUGCCUGUGGAGGGCAGCCUCAGGGAGGUCCGCAUCCCGGGCCUGGACCCAAACCGCAGGUAUAAGCUCCUGCUGUACGGACUGCACCAGGGCAAACGUGUGGGUCCCAUCUCUGCCAUCGCCAUGACUGCCUCCAGAGAAGAUAUCGAAACCGAGGCCCUAGGUCCUCCAGGGCCUGAGCCCCGCCUAGGGGAGGUGACUGUGGAGGAAGCCAUGCCAGACACCUUGCAUCUCUCCUGGACAGUGAUGGAGGGAGAUUUUGACUCCUUUGAGGUCCAGUACACAGACAAAGAUGGGCAACUCCAAGUAGUCAAAGUAGAUGGUGACCGGAAUGACAUCAUCCUUACUGGCCUGGAAUCUGACCACAGAUACCUGGUGACCCUGUAUGGUUUCCAUGGCCAGCAGCGUGUGGGUCCUGCCCACAUUGAGGCCCUUACAGUCCCAAGGGAAGAGGAGGAUGAACCUUCAGAACCUCCCAUCAAGCCACAGCUGGGGCAGCUGGCAGUGACAGACGCCACCCCUGACUCCCUACACCUCUCCUGGACUGUCCCCGAGGGCCAGUUUGACCACUUCCUGGUCCAGUACAAGAACGGGGAUGGGCAGCCCAAGGCGGUGAGGGUGCCAGGGAAUGAGGACCAGGUCACCAUCUCAGGCCUGGAGCCAGACCACAAGUACAAGAUGAACCUGUAUGGCUUCCACGGUGGCCAGCGCAUGGGCCCUGUCUCUGCCUUUGGGGUGACGGAUCCUGAAGGGGAGCCCCCUGCCAAUACCCUUCUGAAGCCACACUUGGGAGAGCUAGCAGUGACGGACGCCACCCCCGACUCCCUGCACCUCUCCUGGACUGUCCCCGAGGGCCAGUUUGACCACUUCCUGGUCCAGUACAAGAACGGGGAUGGGCAGCCCAAGGCGGUGAGGGUGCCAGGGAAUGAGGACCAGGUCACCAUCUCAGGCCUGGAGCCAGACCACAAGUACAAGAUGAACCUGUAUGGCUUCCACGGUGGCCAGCGUGUGGGCCCCGUCUCCACUACCCCAACCUCUACUGAGGUGGAGGAGACCCCCAGCCCCACAGAGCCCAGCACGGAGGCCCCAGAGUCCCCCGAGGAGCCCCUGCUGGGGGAGCUGACAGUGACAGGAUCGUCUCCAGACUCGCUGAGCCUCUCGUGGACCGUCCCCCAGGGCCACUUCGACUCCUUCACUGUCCAGUAUAAGGACAGGGACGGGCGGCCCCAGGUGGUGCGUGUCGGGGGUGAGGAGAGUGAGGUCACCGUCGGGGGCCUGGAACCGGGGCGCAAGUACAAGAUGCACCUGUAUGGCCUGCACGGGGGGCAGCGCUGGGGCCCCGUGUCCACUGUGGGCCUGACCGCCCCCCAGGAGGUUGUGGAGGAGACCCCCAGCCCCACAGAGCCCAGCACGGAGGCCCCAGAGUCCCCCGAGGAGCCCCUGCUGGGGGAGCUGACGGUGACAGGAUCUUCCCCAGACUCGCUGAGCCUCUCGUGGACCAUCCCCCAGGGCCACUUCGACUCCUUCACUGUCCAGUACAAGGACAGGGACGGGCGGCCCCAGGUGGUGCGUGUCGGGGGUGAGGAGAGUGAGGUCACCGUCGGGGGCCUGGAGCCGGGGCGCAAGUACAAGAUGCACCUGUAUGGCCUGCACAGGGGGCAGCGCUGGGGCCCCGUGUCCACUGUGGGCGUGACUGCUCCAGAAUAUGAAGCCAUGACCACCCAAGCCCCGUCCACCAUGGCCCUUGAGCCUACCAUGAAGCCACGGCUGGGGCAGCUGGCAGUGACAGACGCCACCCCCGACUCCCUGCACCUCUCCUGGACUGUCCCCGAGGGCCAGUUUGACCACUUCCUGGUCCAGUACAAGAACGGGGAUGGGCAGCCCAAGGCGGUGAGGGUGCCAGGGAAUGAGGACCAGGUCACCAUCUCAGGCCUGGAGCCAGACCACAAGUACAAGAUGAACCUGUAUGGCUUCCACGGUGGCCAGCGCAUGGGCCCUGUCUCUGCCUUUGGGGUGACGGAGACCCCAACCUCUACUGAGGUGGAGGAGACCCCCAGCCCCACAGAGCCCAGCACGGAGGCCCCAGAGUCCCCCGAGGAGCCCCUGCUGGGGGAGCUGACAGUGACAGGAUCGUCUCCAGACUCGCUGAGCCUCUCGUGGACCGUCCCCCAGGGCCACUUCGACUCCUUCACUGUCCAGUACAAGGACAGGGACGGGCGGCCCCAGGUGGUGCGUGUCGGGGGUGAGGAGAGUGAGGUCACCGUCGGGGGCCUGGAGCCGGGGCGCAAGUACAAGAUGCACCUGUAUGGCCUGCACAGGGGGCAGCGCUGGGGCCCCGUGUCCACCGUGGGUGUGACUGCCUCCCAGCCCACAGAGCCCCCUGUGGCACCCCGCCUAGGGGAGCUGGCCGUGGUAGCCGUGACCUCUGACACAGUGCACCUGUCAUGGACCGUGGCCCAGGGCGUCUUCGACUCCUUCCUGGUCCAGUACAAGGAUGUGCAGGGGCGGCCCCAGGCAGUGCCUGUGGGUGGACACCUGCGUGAGAUCACCAUUCCGGGUCUGGCCCCCGGCCGGAAGUACAAGUUCCUACUCUUUGGACUCCAGGAUGAGAAGCGGCAUGGCCCUAUAGCUGCAGAUGCAAAGACCCCCCCAGACACAAAACCUCCCCGCCUGGGGGAGCUGACAGUGACAGACCUGACCCCGGACUCUGUGAGCCUCUCAUGGACAGUCCCUGAGGGUGAAUUUGACUCCUUCGUGGUCCAGUACAAGGACAGAGACGGGCAGCCCCAGGUGGUGCCUGUGGCCUCAGACCAGCGCGAGGUCACCAUCUCGGGCCUGGAGCCCAGUAGGAAAUACAAGUUCCUGCUCUAUGGGCUGGCCGGUAGGAAGCGGCUGGGCCCCAUCUCUGCUGAUGGCACCACAGCUCCCCUGCAGAAGGAGCAGCAGCGCCCGCCCCGCCUGGGGGAGCUGACAGUGACAGAUGAGACCCCAGACUCCCUGCGCCUCUCAUGGACAGUGGCCCAGGGCCUCUUUGAUUCCUUUGUGGUCCAGUACAGGGACACAGCUGGGCAGCCCCGGGCAGUGCCUGUGGCCGAAGACCAGCGGGAAGUCACCAUAGAGGGCCUGGAGCCUGGCAGGAAAUACAAGUUUCUGCUCUAUGGGAUCCACGGAGGACAGCGCCUGGGCCCCAUCUCCGUCCUGGGAGUGACAGCCCCAGAAGAGGACACGCCAGCCCCCUGGCGCCCAGCCACAGAGGCCCCCGAACACCCUGAAGGGCCCCAGCUAAGGACACUGGCAGUGAGCGACAUAACCCCAGACUCCCUGCACCUCUCGUGGAGUGUGGCUCAGGGCCCCUUUGACUCCUUCGUGGUCCAGUAUCAGGACACGGAUGGGCAGCCUCAGGCCUUGCUCGUGGAUGGCAACCAGAACAAGGUCCUAGUGUCGGGCCUGGAGCCCAGCACCUCCUACAGGUUCUUCCUCUAUGGCCUCCAUGAAGGGAAGCGCCUGGGGCCCAUCUCAGCUGAGGGCACCACAGGGCCUGCUCCUGCCGGUCAGACCCCAGGGGAGCCAGGGCCCCGCCUGUCCCAGCUGUCGGUGACUGAUGUGACCACCAGUUCGCUGCGGCUCAACUGGGAGGCCCCAUCUGGGGCCUUUGACUCCUUCCUGCUCCGCUUUGGGGUCCCAUCACCAAGCACUCUGGAGCCCCACCUGCGUCCCCUGCUGCAGAGGGAGCUGAUGGUACCAGGGACACGGCGCUCAGCGGUGCUACGGGACCUGCGUCCAGGGACCCUAUACACCCUUACGUUGUAUGGGCUGCGUGGGCCCCACAAGGCCGACAGCAUCCAGGGCACGGCCCGCACCCUUAGCCCAGUUCUGGAAAGCCCCCGUGACCUUCAAUUCAGCGAAAUCAGGGAAACUUCGGCCCUGGUCAGCUGGACGCCUCCACCAUCCAGAGUGGACAGUUUCAAAGUUUCCUACCAGCUGGCAGACGGAGGGGAGCCACAGAGCGUGCAGGUGGAUGGCCGAGCCCGGACCCAGAAACUCAAGGGGCUGAUCCCAGGCUCUCACUACGAGGUGACGGUGGUCUCCGUCCGUGGCUUUGAGGAGAGCGAGCCACUCACAGGCUUCCUCACCACAGUUCCUGACGGCCCCACCCAGCUUCGUGCGCUGAACUUGACGGAGGGAUCCGCUCUGCUGCACUGGCAGCCCCCCCAGACCCCUGUGGACACAUAUGACGUCCGUGUUACAGCCCCAGGGGCCCCCCCACUGCAGGGCUCAACCCCUGGCAGUGCUGUGGACUACCCUCUGGGUGGCCUUGUGCUCCACACCAACUACACGGCGACGGUACGGGGUCUUCGGGGCCCCAACUUCACCUCCCCGGCCAGCAUCACCUUCACCACAGGGUUGGAGGCCCCCCAAGACUUGGAGGCCAAGGAAGUGACCCCCCGCACGGCCCUGCUCACUUGGACUGAGCCCCAAGUCCCGCCGACUAGCUACCUGCUCAGUUUCAACACCCCUGGUGGACAGACCCAGGAGAUCCUGCUCCCAGGAGGGGUCACCUCUCACCAGCUCCUGGGCCUCUUUCCCUCCACCCCGUACAGCGUGUGGCUCCGAGCUAUGUGGGGCGAGAGCCUCACACCGCCUGUGUCCACCUCCUUCACCACCGGUGGACUCCGGAUUCCCUUCCCUCGGGACUGUGGGGAAGAGAUGCAGAACGGAGCCAGCACCUCAAGGGCCACCACCAUCUUCCUCAAUGGCAACCGCGAGCGGCCCCUGAAUGUGUUUUGUGACAUGGAGACCGACGGGGGCGGCUGGCUGGUGUUCCAGCGCCGCAUGGACGGACAGACUGACUUCUGGAGGGACUGGGAGGACUAUGCCCAUGGCUUUGGGAACAUCUCUGGGGAGUUCUGGCUGGGCAACGAGGCCCUGCACAGCUUGACAAAAGCCGGCGACUACUCCAUGCGCGUGGACCUGCGGGCUGGGGACGAGGCCGUGUUUGCGCAGUACGACUCUUUCCGAGUAGACUCUGCUCCCGAGUACUACCGCCUCCAUCUGGAGGGCUACCAUGGCACAGCAGGGGACUCCAUGAGCUACCACAGCGGCAGUGUCUUUUCUGCCCGUGAUCGAGACCCCAACAACUUGCUCAUCUCCUGCGCCGUCUCAUACCGCGGCGCCUGGUGGUACAGGAACUGCCACUAUGCCAACCUCAACGGGCUCUAUGGGAGCACAGUGGACCACCAGGGGGUGAGCUGGUACUACUGGAAAGGCUUCGAGUUCUCUGUACCCUUCACGGAAAUGAAGCUGAGACCAAGAAGCUACCGGCCCCCAGCGGCCCGGGAAGGCUGA